AUGCUGGCCGCGAUCGUCGCUGUGGCUGCGGCAAAUACUCGUCGGAGGCCAGAAACGCUGCUUGGUCAGGAUCAUUGGCUAACCCAUGUUGCGACAGCGUGCCUGAUCCGCGUCCCACGAGCCGAGCACCGCAAGUUAAGGCUAGUCUGCAAGAGGUGGUACCGUCUUUUGGCUGGCAACUAUUUCUACUCCCUCCGCAAGAGCCUUGGAAUCGCAGAGGAAUGGGUCUAUGUCAUCAAAAGAGAUCGGGAUGGUCGGAUCUCAUGGGAUGCCUUCGAUCCUGUAUACCAUCUCUGGCAUCCUCUGCCACCCAUUCCAGGAGAGUACUCUGGAGCCCUUGGAUUUGGGUGUGCCGUCUUAAGCGGCUGCCAUCUAUACUUGUUCGGGGGUAAGGAUCCGCAGAAGGGGUCCAUGAGACGGGUCAUCUUCUACAGCGCCAGAACCAACAAAUGGCACCGGGCUCCUGACAUGCUGCGGCGGCGGCACUUCUUCGGCUCCUGUGUGAUGAACAACUGCUUGUAUGUGGCCGGCGGGGAGAGCGAAGGCUUCCAUUACUCUCUCAGAUCGGCGGAGGUCUACGAUCCGAACAAGAACCGCUGGGCCUUCAUAGCGGACAUGAGCACCGCAAUGGUCCCGUUCAUCGGCGUUGUCUACGAGGGGAAGUGGUUCCUCAAAGGGCUUGGCUCGCAGCGACAGGUCCUCAGCGAGGUGUAUGUUCCAGAAGCUGACGGCUGGUACCCAGCGUUCGACGGCAUGGUAACUGGAUGGAGGAACCCAGGUGUUUGCUUGAAUGGAAGCUGGUGCCAUUCAACAUGGGUUAAAAGUAGCAUGUGGCUUAUAUUUGGUUGAGAAUUUACUUUUCUAGAAAUGUUGUAUGAAAUAUCUAUUAUAUUAUUAAUAAAAAGAAAGAUUUUAUCUAUAAA